AUGGCGGCUUCCAAUCUGUCCCUCACUGCCCUCGCUCAAGUUCUCACCUGCGAGGAAGCGCUUCGUCUGGCGAAGGAGCACGCUGCACCGAGCUUGCUACAUCUUUGCCUCCCCAACUUGAGUUUAUCCGCGGAGGAGUCGCCCUGGCUCGGAGCCGGCUCACCGUCGGUAUCCCGAGUGCCCUCGGCGCAAAGCGAGCUCUCCUUCGAGGGGAGUGAAAGCUUCCUUCUCGAGGGCGGUUUCGGAGGCCAAGAGCGAGGAACUUUCAGGAGCGAAGGCAGCGGAGGCGUGGAGGGCGGCUUCGAGAGCUUCGAGAGGCGCGGCCAUGUCUGGGAGCUCCGGCGCUCGGAGCGCCUCCAGCGACUCCGGCGCCUCAAGGAGCUCCAGGAGCUCUCGAAGUGCACCUUCCAGCCCAACACGCCACAAAACCACACCACAGAACACACCACAGAACACACCACACAACACGCCACACGACACGCCACACGACACGCCACAAGCACAAGACACGCAGGCGAAGACGCCAGGAGCCCCAAGCCGCGCAAGCACUUCUCGGCUUCUCAGAGCGACGCCCUUGCUGCCCGCCUUUGCCAGCCGCUCCCCUCGGAGCACAUGCGGGCAUUCCACAUUCGAAGGCUCAAUGAUUCGGUCGAGGCGCAGAAGAUGUCGCAGUGCACCUUCCAGCCGGACAUAUCUGGAACUUCCCUGCAGCUGAGCUUGUCGCGCCUGCGCGAAGACUGGUCCAGCACACACUUGGAGUCAGAAGGGCCCAAACGGCCAGGGCGGCCAGGGCGGGCAAGGGCAAGGCGGAGGACAGGAUCACUGGGAUCACUGGGAUCACUGGGAUCCCCUCACUCGCUGAGGCCACGCACGAAUCCCGUGCCGCUCUCCAUGGCCCGAGCUCAAAGCUACCUGGGACAGAACGUCUUCCACCGUCUGCACUCGGAGAGAGGCCCGCACAAAGACCACAAAGACCACAACGACCACAAUGAGCACAACGAGCACAACGAGCACAAGCGAUCGAAGAGCGUCGAGGAUAGCACGAGCAUUGCCGACGUGAGUACCGGCGGCGCAUUUCUACGCUUCUUGGAACGCCAGAACCGCUGCGAGAAUGUGCGGCGGCAGAGGUUGGAGCGGUUAGAUGACGAGCACAACCAGCACAAGAAUCCUGAGAUGUGCGCACCAAAGAUGUGCAAGAGGUCGCGGCAGCUUUGCACUGCCAAGAAUCAGAGGCGCAGCGAUUCCGAGAGAAGAAGGGAGUGCGAAUGCCGCGCAAGGUCUCCACAAUCGGCUCCACUUUCUCCUUCCUUCAGACCUCAGAUCCAUCCAGCUUCUGCGAGGCGUCGUUCUCGCGGAAGCCAUGAGCUCAGUGCCGGUGACUGGCAGCGACGGGAGCUGCACGUGGAAGAGCUGCGGGAAGCUCUUCGCGAGAUGGAGAACCAAGAAAGCUUCAGGCCCAAACUCAACGUCUCCAACAUCUCAGGCAGGCUUUGCCUCUGGGAGCCGGAGACCUACACGGCCCGUUUGGCCGCGGACCGUGAAAGAAGCUUGGCUCUGCGAGAACAGGAGCUGCAACGGCAAAUGGACGAGGCGCUGGCGGAGUGCACGUUUCACCCGGCGGUGAAUCCAGGCUGUCCUCGGUACAUCACCCGAAUGGCCGAGAGCCACCGGGCUCUGAAAGAGCUCCGCCGUGCGAAUGCUAACGGUGCCGACGGUGCCAACGGUGCUGGCCCGGGCUCUGACCGAACGGAACGACCCGACUGGCGCUGA